AUGGCGUCCAUACCGUCCACCCCUCUCGACCUGACCCCUGGCGCCUGGUGCCUCCUAGCCCUCAGUAUCUACACAAUCUACUUCUUAAUAUCCACAAUCUUCUCCUGGCACCGUCUCCGGCAUAUCCCCGGCCCCCCACUAGCCUCCCUCUCCUACCUCUGGCUCAUGCGCACCGCUACCAGCGGCGCCCAAUAUUGGCUCUACCGCGACCUGCCCUCCGUCUACGGCCCCCUCAUCCGCGUCGGUCCCAACGAGCUCUCCUCUUCCGACCCGGAAGUCAUAAAACGCAUUAACGGUGCCCGCAACGGCUAUCAGCGGGACCCUUGGUAUCUGGCCGCUCGGUUCGAUCCGUAUCAUGAUAAUAUCUUUACGAUAUUACAGGCUGAGAAGCACGAUAGGCUGAAAGCGAAAAUUGCUGGGGCGUAUAGUGGCCGUGAGACGCCCAGGGCGGAGGGCAUUGUAGAUGAUCAGGUGAAAGCGCUGGUUAAGUUGUUGAGGGAGAGGUAUGUUUCGACACCGGGGAAGAAGAGGGUGGUGGAUUUAGCGGAGGUGACUUCGUAUUUUACGAUUGAUGUUAUUACUAGAGCGGCAUUUGGGGAGGAGUUUGGGUGUUUGAGGACGAAUUCUGAUGUGUAUGGGUUUUUUGAGAGUGUAAAGAAGGCUUGGGCAGGAAUAGCGGUUGCGCUUGAUGUUCCUUGGACUCGGAAUAUUUUGUUCUCGGAUCUGUACUUGCGGGUUUUCGGGCCGAAGCCGACGGACGAGGCUGGGUUGGGAAAAUUAAUGGGGAUCGCCGAGGAGAUAGUGGCCAAAAGGUUUGCGGCUGACGCACGAGAGGAGAAGGAUAUGCUUGGGUCUUUCAUCCAACACGGACUGGACCGCCAAGAAUGCGCGACCGAGGCUCUGUUUAUGAUUAUCGCCGGCUUCGAGAAUACGGCCUCGGUCAUUCGGACAACGUUGUUGUAUCUCAUGUCGUCCCCACGGGUAUAUCAAAAGUUCAAGGCGGAGAUCAUGCAAGUGGUCAGGAAUGGAAAAGUGUCUAGCCCGAUAACUGUUGAAGAGGCGAAGAAGAUCCCUUACUUACAGGCAAUCAUUUAUGAAGGCAUCAGAAUGCGACCCCCGGCUCCUGGACUGUACCCGAAAGCAGUGCCUCCCCAAGGAGAUGUCAUAAGCGGCUACUUCAUACCAGGCGGGACAGCUAUUGGUAUGAACACAGGAGCUUUAGUUCGAUCGAAAGUCCUUUUCGGAGAGGACGCCGAGGUCUUCCGCCCCGAACGUUUCACCGAAGCCGAUGAUGCCACCCGGCUUGAAAUGGAGCGGAACGUCGAGCUUGUGUUCGGGCACGGGCGCUGGAUGUGUGCUGGCAAGGUAGUAGCGUUCAUGGAGUUGAGCAAGAUUUAUUUCGAGUUGUUCCACGCUUUUGACUUCCAGCUUGUCAAUCCGAUGAAGCCUUGGGAUUCUUUAAGUUUCAGCCAGUUUAUUGAAGACAAUAUGUGGGUUCAGGUGACGGAGGCAGAGACGGCUUAGACAAUGGUGUUAUCUCAAUUCUGUCGACGAAGAAGACGUGUUGAGUAAAGCAUUAAGGCAUAAGGGCAUCCAUAUCAUAGCAUUUACUCCGGGUUGGCUAUUCUUUAUUUUCUGUCUUCUAGCUAUGCGUUUUUGUCAUCUAUUGACUAUAUCCUCGGCCUUCCCGCUGAAUCCUCGC